AUGGCAGUCCUGACCACGCCGUCAUUGGACCAGACUUUCAUUGCGCUCAAGACACAGCCCGUUCCAUCAGACGAGAUGGCGUUGGAUUCCACGAUCAACGGAACUGCACACCAUCAUGAUCCUCUCUUCGAUGAUGACGCGCCUUCCGGUGACAAUGCGCCGGCCGCUCCUGCGCCUGAGCCGCAACUGGCUUUCGUCACGCACAAUAGUGAAGCCGCAACCACGAACGGCGCCACUGACCCGGCAUCGCCGCCUGUGACUGCACCCGUCACCGAUGUCUCCAGCGGCAUCGCUCCUGUCGCCGACUUCCUUCCUGACAAAUCUCCACAUCUCGAACCUUCUCCAGACGUACAAAACGUAGUCGCGACGAACCCCGGUGUCCCUCCAUCCAUCGAUCUUCCGACUUCAGAAAUGCGCGAAGACACCACGUCAAUCCCUGCAUACCAGCCGACCCUAGACACCAGCACUGAAAUGACGCCUUCGCCUUCGACGAAUCCAGUCGAGGCUGCGCCACCGAGCGACGCGCAAGAAGUUGGUGCGCAAACAAGUGGCGCAUCAGAAAGGGGGGUCGAAGACACAAAACCUAUUGCGACGGGCCCAGAUGGAUCCCCCGGUAUGGAUCUCUUCGACUCGGGGGUCGCAGACAUCAUGGAUACCUCGGAUGAUGUUGCGAGCGCGCGGACCCCCAACACCUCAGGAAUCCCUCAUAGGCCGGCGGAGGAGUCUCUGUUUGGAGGCGAUGGCCUCGCUAGUCCAGAACCAGUUCCGCAGAUGAAGAACGGUGACCAAGAGAUGAACGACGUGCCUUCCUCCGGUCAGGUGCGGAGACGGCAGGAUGACGAAGAAGAUGGCGGCCGUUCACCCAAGCGCAGCAAAAUCUCGACGGAGCCGGAAACGGCUUCCGAGUUCCAAAAGCCUGACUUGCCUGCGUCCGCUGGCGCUUCCUUAGAAAGCGGUACCAUAGCCACUGCAGCACAGGCUCCUGGUGCGCAGCAAGCCUCGCCUAGCUACGACUCGCUGCCUAUGACAGGCGCCCAGCAGAAAUGGCUGCUGGAGAAGCUCCGCACCGCGAAGAAAAUCAAGGAUGCUCUUCCAUUCCUAAAGCCCGUCGACCCGGUAGCGCUCAACAUUCCCUCGUAUCCUCACAUCAUCAAGAACCCCAUGGACAUCAGCACCAUGGAACAAAAAUUGAAGGACCACCAAUAUAACAGCGCUGAUGAUUUCAUCUCCGAUCUGAAUCUCAUGGUUCAAAACUGUGUCACCUUUAAUGGACCCCAACACCUGGUAUCCUACAACGCCUAUAACUUCAAGGCUUACAUUGAUAAGGCGAUGAUGCAGCUCCCAAGUCGCGACGUUACUCCGGCUGCAGCUGCUCCUAAGAAGGCUAAGAAACUCUCAGUAGCCACGGCACCCAAGCCACCUCCCCGCCGGGAGUCGAGAGGUCCUGGACGCUCACCCACUGGGAUUGCUGCGCCCCCAGCAAACACAUUUGCUCUCGACCCCAACGGUGUGCCGCUAAUCCGCCGUGACUCGUCUGCCAAUGACGGACGUCCAAAGCGCGAGAUCCAUCGCCCACCUCCACGUGACCUUCCCUACUCGAGCGCAAAGCCGAAGAAGAAGAAGUAUCAGCUUGAGCUGAAGUUCUGCGAGAUGGUGAUCAACGAAAUCACCAAGAGGAAACAUCAAGGCUACUCCUACCCGUUUCUACAACCCGUAGAUCCGGUCGCGCUUAAUAUUCCUACAUAUCACAAGAUCAUCAAGAAGCCGAUGGACCUCGGAACGAUUGGCCAGAAGCUGAAAGGCGGCCAAUACACAAACGCCAAGGAGUUCAAGGCGGACAUUGACUUGAUGUUCGACAACUGCUACAAGUUCAACCCAGAAAGCGACGGUGUUUACAAGAUGGGCAAAAACUUCCAAGCUGUUAUCGAGGAGCUCUGGGCUACCAAAGAUCAAUGGCUUGAGGAUCACGCACCAGCUUCCGAACCACAGUCGCCGGCCAGUGGAUACUCUGAUGAAGAGGACGAGAGCGAGGUGGAGCAGGGCACCGAAACAGAAAAGCUCGCCCAGAUUCAGCGGCAAAUCAUGCAGCUGACUGGCGAAGCUGAGAAGAUCAUUUCGAGUGCCACGAAACGAGCUUCGCCGAAGGCCGCCAGUAAGCGGAGUGGCAAACCCUCGAGAGCAUCAAUGUCAAAGGUGAAGCGAAGCGGCAGUACAACUGGUCUUCCUAGCACUGCGAAAGCAAACUCCUCAAAACCUAGACUCAAGACCAAGACUACGCCGAUUACUUACGCUCAGAAACAGGAGAUCUCGGAUUCAAUCGGCACAUUAGAGGAGUCGCAAAUGAGGAAGGCUGUGCAAAUCAUCAAGAAUGGCUGUCCGGAUCUGCAGACUGUCAAUGAUGACGAGCUGGAGCUCGACAUCGACGCGAUCCCUGAGCCAGUCUUGCAUGAACUGCUCAAAUUCAUCCGUAAAAUCCAUCCACCGAUGGAGGCGGCGGCGGUCGAUGAUGACUACGAGCCUCCUAUGCGUACUUCGAAGGCUGCGCCGACUAAGCCGAGGAAGAACAAGCCGAUGGGCAAGCAUGAGCAGGAAGCCAACAUCGCGCGGAUUCAGGAUCAGCUCAAGACCUUCCCUGGUGCUUAUAGGCAAUCGCCAGAGCCUGCGCCGAAAACGGAAGAGUCUAGUAGCGGUGAUGACGCCGAUAGCGGUUCGGAGAGCGAAGAGGAGUAG